ACACACACACAGAGACAGAGACAGGAAGAGAGAAUUCAGUUGCCUUUGGUUUUCCAAAGCGGGCAGCUUGGGGGUUUGAGGGUGUGUGUGUGUGUGUGUGUGUGUGUUUUGUUUUCUUUCCUCCUCUCUCGCAGGGAGGCCAGGCCUUCAGGAUAAUAAAAGGACUCAGAGGCGAGGCGGGCAGAGCAAGCCAGCGCGGGGACAGGGCAGUGUGUGGACAAGAGUGAGGAGGCAGGAAGGGAAAGGGGGGACUGGAGGUGAGGGGGUGUCGGGGGCCGGAGCAGGAGGCGGUGGGAGGAAGCCGAGCAGCUGUGGUAUUUGGAGCAAGUAUAAAUAGCCGCCUGGCCGGAGCUCAGCCAGACAGGGCUUUGCAGCUGCAGCGGCUGUGCAGGCAGGCCCGGCCACUGUUGGCCACGGUGGGGACAUCCUGGGCACGGAGACAGGCAGUGGGCAGGCACGGCCCCCAGGCUCUGACCAGACACCCCUCACCAUUGCCACCUCUCUGGAUGCCCUCUCGGCCAGCCAUGCUGCUGGGUGGCCUCCUCCUCAUUGGGGCCACCGUGACUGUGGCCCAGCGGAGGGGGCAGGAGGCCGGCGGGCGCCGGCGGGCACACCGAGUCCAGCAUGGCCAGUGCAGCUACACCUUUGUGCUACCUGAGCCUGAGCCCUGCCCGCCGGACCCCGAGGCCUUCGGGGGCUCCAAUAGCCUCCAGAGGGACUCCCCGGCGGCUGCACUCAACCUCGGAGACUGGCCCACCCAGCGCGUGCGACAGCUGGAAAAAAUGCUGGAGAACAACACGCAGUGGCUGCAGAAGCUAGAAAGGUACAUCCGGAUGAACUUGAGGUUGGAGCUGGCUCAGGCCCAGCAGCACAUGGUCCAGAACCAGACGGCCACCAUGCUGGAACUGGGUACCAGCCUUCUGAACCAGACCACUGCCCAGACCCGCAAGCUGACCGACGUGGAGGCUCAGGUCCUGAAUCAGACAUCGCGAAUGGAGAUCCAGCUGCUGGAGACCUCACUGUCCACCAACAAGCUGGAGAAGCAGCUGCUGCUGCAGGGCCACGAGCUCCACCGGCUUCAGGGCCGCAAUAGCGCGCUGGAGACGCGGGUGCUGGCCCUGGAGACGCAGCAGCAGGAGGAGCUGGCCAGCCUUCGCGGCGAGAAGGAGCGGUUGCGGCGCCUGCUGGGCCGCCAGAGCGGCGCCCUCGCCGGCCUCGAGCGCAGCCUGCGCGCGGCCAGCAGCAACUCCAGCCUCCUGCAGCGCCAGCAGCGCCAGCUGCUGGAGUCCGUGCAGCGCCUGGUGCGCGUCGUGACCCAGGGCCCUGCCUCCAUGAGGGCAGCUGAGCAGGUGUUCCAGGACUGUGCAGAGAUCCAGCGCUUCGGGGCCAAUGCCAGCGGCAUCUACACCAUCCAUGUGGCCAACGUGACAGAGCCCAGAAAGGUGUUCUGUGACCUGGAGGCCAACGGAGGUGGGUGGACUCUCAUCCAGCGCCGCGAGAAUGGCAGCGUGAAUUUCCAACGCAACUGGAAGGAUUACAAACAGGGCUUCGGCAACCCAGCCGGGGAGCACUGGCUGGGCAACGAGGUGGUGCAUCAGCUCACCAGCAGGGCAGCCUAUUCUCUGCGUGUGGAGCUCCAAGAUUGGGAAGGCAACGAAGCCUAUGCCCAGUAUGAGCAUUUCCAGCUGGGCAGCGAGGGGCAGCUGUACAGGCUUUCUCUGAAUGGGUACAGUGGCUCGGCGGGGCGCCAGAGCAGCCUGGUCCUGCAGGGCACCAACUUCAGCACCCGUGAUGCAGACAACGACAACUGUCUCUGCAAGUGCGCCCAAAUGUUGUCUGGAGGGUGGUGGUUUGAUGCCUGUGGCCUCUCAAACCUCAACGGCAUCUACUACCCGGCUCGCCACCACGUGCGCAAGCUCAACGGCAUCCGCUGGCACUACUUCCAGGGCCCCAGCUACUCGCUGCGUGCCACCCGCAUGAUGGUGCGUCCCACAGGCAUCUAAGGAGCAGCCGGGCCCGGAGGCUGGACCCACAGGAGGACCUGCACGUGGUGUCCUCUGGACAAGCAGGACCCAAACACAGGACUCAGUGCCAGGACCUUGUCCUGGACACCCUGGGUCCCCUGAGCCAGCCCUCCUUGCCCCAGGAGUCCAGAAGAGUUGCCUGCCUCCCUCUCUCCCUCAGGUUGUGACAGGGUGGGCGUUAGGGGGUUCCUGCCUCUGCAGCACCCCCCUUUCCCCUUCCCUCCUAUCUCCUGCAGGGCCCACCUGCCAGCUCAAGGUCCUCAGUGAGCUGAGAACAGACUUAACUGGGCUCCUCCAAGGGAUACACAACUAAUGGUGGAAUUACAGGCAGGAAACCACCCAGGUAGAAGCCCAGAUUCUGUCCCCAUGUUGUCGGGAAGGCCAUCCCUUGUUCCCAGCUUCUUUAGCCUUGAGAUGGCCUUGAACUUCCUGUUUAAGAUUGAAGGAGCUGCAUUCACCCCAUCAUGGGAAUCUUUAUUUCCACCCACACCAUCCGCCACUCCUGGGCCCCAGCAGCUAACCCUCAAUGCUCCAGGAGAUCUAAGAAGGAUGCCUUUACCCCUAGAAUGUCUUGUAUUGUUCCAGAGGCAAUAGCUAGGACUCCCCCCUAAAAAAAAAAACAAAAACCUAUGAUCAAGUGAGGGAGGGAAACAGGGAGUUACAUCAAUGAGAACAGGCAUUCUUCCUUAGCUGCAGGACUUGUCAGAGCCAUUCUUGCGGUCGUGUGCUUUGCGAUUGCCCAUGAAAGGGCUAGAGUGGGCAGCUUUCCCCAAAUUUACUUAUUUGAAAAUGUCCUAGUUUAUCCCAAAGCAUCUCUCGGGGUUCUGGAUGCCCUUGGAAAAACCAGGUCCUCACACCUCAUGAGCUGAAACCCACGCCCCCACCUCCACCCCCAGCUGAAGGCCAGUGAUGUUCUCAAUCAGCCUCUAAAAACAGCAGGGAGGAACCUUUGGCUUAGACGCACCAUCCCUGAAGAAGGGUCUAGAACUGAGUUUCGGGUCUGUGCCAUGGGCCGGUGUCCUCCCAGGCUCCUCUGGCCCUGAAGGAAGACAGAUCCUGGCCUGGGGGCUGCCCGCAGCACUCCCUGUGACCCCAGCUCACACCAGCUGAAGUUCAGGGAUGCUUGAGGACUGUCCACUCUGCCUUGAGUCGGACACUGAUUGCUGGGUCCAGAUCCUUCCUGCCUCCGAGCCAGAAGCCCUAGCCUCCUCCUGCUUCAUCCAACAGUGAAGCCGCAGCUGAGGGUCCAUGGAGACUCGGCCUGUGCCUGAGUCCGGGAGACCAGGGGCUCCCCAUGAGCUUCUUUCAGAGGGGCCAGGGCCACUCUGCCACCCACUCCCAUUGCUGUGUCACCCUCCUCAGUCCACAUGAGGCCCCUGCAGUCCUGUCAUCCUCAGCCAAUACCCGGGCCCAGCCAGGACCCACCUUCCCGGCUUCCAGGAUGCACCUCUGUCUUCAAAAGGUUUUCUCCUGGGUGAGGCUGGGCGGUGGAAACAAGGCCUCUGCAUCACCCCUGGCUCUGCCCCAGCCCCUGAGUCCCGCUCAGCCAGUCUGCAAGGUAACCCAGCACAGAUUAAUGCUGAUCUUCUUCAGAGAAACAGAAGGAUGUGGUUGCUAAUGGUGACAUUUCAGGCAGGAGGGAACUGAACUUAGGGGAAGACAGCUGUCCAGAAGGCUAGCAUGGCCUUAUCCAGCAUUUGCUCAGCAAGCUUUUAUUUAGCAUCUGCUAUGUGCAGUGUGGUACCACGGGCAGGACUUUGGAGUCAAACAGACCUGCUCCGGCUCUUGAACGUGAAGCCAGUGGCUCAGGCUUUUAAGGCCUUAGUUGUCUUAUCUGCGAAGUAGAGAUGGUGAUGCUUCGUCCUCACUUCCCUGGGGGCAAGGAGGAAAUGAGACCAUGUCCUUCAACUUCUUAACAGAGCCUGGCACGAAGCAGGGGCCUAAUAAAUGCUAGUUCCCAAAGCGGUUGAAUGGGGUGGAGAGAUGGGGCUCCUGACAUGGAGAAACUGGCAUGCCACACCCUCUCCUGGACCCAGGGAAGGUAAACAUUUUAUUUCUGUA